UCCUCAAUGGCUGCCAUAGUGGGUUAGUGAUGCGAAGUGAAUGCCAACUAUUUGAUCUAUGUCACAGGUUUAUCUGCAACAGGACAGAUUAUAAAUGCCUCCAGGAAAUGUCGAACGUUUGCCGUUGUUUUGAACUGUCUUAGGACUCGACGCUCAAGCUUCGUAUCCGGUGAAAACGAGCUAUUCUUUCGAGAAUAAUGUGACCUGUCGCUGUGCAUCGACAUGGUUCACAAAAAUGCUUAUGGAACGACUAAUCCGGACGAUUCCGUCGUCCCUGAACUAGACUCUUUUGACACUUCGCUGAAAUCGGAUACGGCUCAACAGAUCAUUCAACAAUGGAUUGAGGUAGGGUGAAGAGACAGUUGGUGUCAGCUUACGUAGUCUUUUGGAGUGUGUGUGCGUUUCGGCAUAGAAGUGGGUGUCGCUUGAAAUUUGCCGCUUAAAAUCGACUAAUAACGUGUUUAUUUUUGUCCAGGAGGCUACUGGAAGAGUUUUUAACUCGUCCCGAUUUAUAGAAUCCUUGCAAGACGGCGUUCUUUUAUGCUAGUAAGUUAUUAACGAUCGUUUUCGAUAGCUUUGCUUUGUUGGAAGGAUUAGAACUCGGUUGCACAUACCAUACUCAUCGAUUCUCUGUAUUUGCAGCCUUGUAAAGCGAAUACAGCCAGAUUCGGAGAUUAUUCAGGAUGUUAUCGAAGCUCCAAAUCCUCAGGAAUCUCAGGUAUUGAAAAGCACUGUAAUGUCUCCCUAGAAAUAAUCUUUAUUUCCUCAAACACGAAUAAGUCCACUUCGAUUGCACGUUCCAUAUUCUUCGUAUUUGGUAUUUGUUAUUUAAGCUUGCAUGCGUCUAGUGAAAGAGUUUUGCGGUUUCUUGUUGCUUUGGCACACAAUGUGUAAGUUCUAAUGAAAUGUUUAGUAAAGUAAGAGAUAACGAUGGAAUUGUUGAUAGCCCAGGGUGCUGCACCAUGCAGUAUUCUUGUUUUUUCGAGUUGUCGCGUAUAUCGUGUGGCAAGUUGCUUGUCACGUUCAAUCUACGAACUUCGCCUUUACAAUUUAAUAGAGAUUUCUACGCUAGAAAUUUUACCCCAUCUAGAUCAGAGCAAAUGUCACAGUGAUCGUGGCUUUAUCAGCAACGAUGUUUAAUUCUAAAUUAUGAAAUGGUUUUGUCCCCCUAGCUAAUAAUGUGUGAUUUUAGUCGAUGUGACCGGAAACCAGUUUACAUCUCACGGGAAGCGCCAUUAUGAUGAGCGUUCAGUCAUCAUGCAAAAAAAGAAUGGCCAGUCGCUAUUUGUUUCAAAACACAACAUUUCCUUUGUCGCUUUCUUUAAGACGAGUGCUACAAAGAACGUUCGAUCGCACGUUUAUUGAACAUUUUACUGGCUUCAAAGGUACAACGUACAUUGACGUGAAUAAUCUCGGGCGUUUUGAUUUGAUUUCGUUGACAGAAAACCCGAUGUCCCAAAACCAUGAUUUUAUUAAAUUAACCCGUGUUAUAGUUAACUUAGCAGUUGUUGAAUAGGGUCGUGUUUGUCAAACUGGAGCUUUUGUAUCCCCACAAUCGCUCCUUUUUAUUAAAGCUUUGUUGUGGCAGUCUGCUUGUUUUCUGUUGAACUUUUCCCUCAUAGAUCACCCAGACUAAACUGCAUGAUAUUGAUAUCACUUCAUGGUCCAAAUUACUGAAUUUCGUGACUGGCCGCUACAUAAUCGGCCUAAUCCUUAAUAUGUUUUUGUCUCCUAGUAAAGAUAUGCUUAACGGCAUAUUUCAGCACGAAAUGUUCCGAGGUUCCAUUUUGGCUUAAAUAGUUCAUCAAUUUUUCGAACAUUGGUCAUUGAUUUCAAUUGUCGUUCGCAAGUAGCAAUCUUUACAUUUGAUAAUCUGCUGAACUGUUGAAGUGUUGUUAUUAUUAAAGCCUAAGUUAAUUUGCUAAUUUUAUUAUAAAAUUAUGUUAUUAACUGAGUAGUAAAUUUCAAUCACAUAGCAUGUUUUGAAAACCUAAUUCAUCCCUUGAACACAAUGAAGUUGUUUAAAUUAAUGUGUUAUUACACUUUGUAAUCUGGCAAAAAUAUAUCCUUUAAUUUCUCUCGAACUUUGUGAACAAGAAUAAUUUUGAACACUUUUCUUUAUAAUUUAUAGAGGAUAGGUAUAUAUAUUAUCAUACUGCAUUCUCAAUAGAUUUCCAUUUAAUCGCUGUAGAAUUAAAAGAGGUGAAAAUACUGUUUGGUUCUAUAAUUGGUGGUUGUAAAUUUCAAUCAUUCACCUUACAAAGGCCGUUAUCGUGUUUUUAAUCACACGUUUUCUUUAAUCCUUUUUACCAGCACCCAAUAGACCACUUAACGAUAAUUUUUUUUUUUAUGUUAUUAACUAUCACUUUUUGAGCUAAACCUUUUUAUUUGAGAUGCAUCAUUGCAAAGUGAACUUUGUUAUUUUUAUAUUGCAAGUGCAUGGUGAUCCAUAUAUUUUUAUUCAUUUUUGUUGACACCAUUUCUUAAGUUUUCACUUUUUUUAUACACCCCUGUUACUUUUCAAAUUUCAAGAUGUGCUUAAUGAGCAAAAAAAAAGUGAGUGUGGUAUAUCUAAUAAAAUAAUCAUUGCCUCUGAUCCUAAUCUUUUUCACAAUUCCAUUAAUUGUAUAUAAUGAAUUGAGAAAUAAAAUCUCAAUGGCCUAAGUGGUACUGUUAAAUUUUCACCCUCACAUGCUGCUUAAGGGAUCUUUUGCUAGGAUUACACUGAUAAAUAAACUUUCAAGAAUUCAUCUAGGCAUUGUUACAUAUGAUAUCCUAACUCUGUGUAGCCCUAGCUAGUUCCUGUUUCAGCUACCCAGGAAUACAGCAAACCUUUGUUUAACUAAGCUGUGUAUCAAACUGUGGCCAUUCUUGGUGGCUCACUUCCUGAAAGACACUAAAUUAGAUCUAUAAACUUUAAAGAGGAUGUUUAUUUUCCUGUAUAUAGAUGCACCUUUGACAUGUCUGUCUGUAAAGUUAUUAACAGUUUAUGUCAAUUUUCAAUUUGAUUUACAUAGAAGAUUCCCUCUGUGCUCUGAAUUGACUUAAUCUCAAAUGAGCUAAUUUGUUAAUUCAGGCAAUACAAUUCAGUAAUAAUUUGUAGUAAAAUAGAAAAAAGCAACAAGGAUGUUACUUACAGGUUUCAACCUCCUGUUCUUAGCAGCCACCCAAAAUGCGAAUUGAUUAAAUGUGGACUCUUAUGAGAGGUGGCUACUUAUCGCUUGACCUAUAAGCUACUUUUUGGAAGAAAAUUUGUUUAAUGCAUGUAAUUUCCAAUGUAGUUUCAAUGUAGGAUACUCUAAGUAGUGUAGUCAGGGCUCAAAAUUAAAAAAAUCCUCAGGUUACCCUUUGAUGACCAACUGGAGAAAUAUGGUUGCCAGUUUGUAUAAUGUAAAUGACGCAGCUCAUAGUAUCAGGGCUUCUGAUAUUCAGCGUGGUCAUGGGGCUGCGAAAUUCAGGUAAACCCGCAAAAUUCACAAAAACAUGCGAAACACUGCAAAAUUUGCUAGAAAUCACAUCGAAUACAUGUUGAUACAUCAUUAUUUGAAACUUAUCUUGGCCAUUGGGGCUGUUUAAUAAUUGCUGUAAACGUGCAAAUUUAUCUUGAAACUUCAUCACCACAAUGAGCAAACACUUUCCCAAAACUACCAGGCGUAAAUUAUGUUGCAAAAACCUGGACACUAGUCAUGAUGUUAAAAGCUUUGCCAUAGGCUCAUUUCUCGAGCGCUUUGUUGUUAUAAUAGCAAAUGAUUAUCUCUGUUAAAAAGUUUAAACACUCCUGUCAAAUCAUCGCAAAAUCAAUGGAUUUGUAGCGAAAUUUGCCCAGAAAAUUCCCAUGAAAUCGGCCAUUUUUUUCUGAUUGUUUUUCAGCUAAGUUAGCCCCGAAAAUUUCCGCAAAUCUGUCUCUGAAAAUCCCGCGAAAGAAGUAGGUAUAAAUUUGGAGGUAAACUGGCUUUGUUUAUGUGAUUUGGCACAUUUUUUAUGACGAAAACAAAGCAAGAUAAGAUGAACUGUUUGUUUUCUGGUCCGCAAAGUGGCGACUAAACCAGAAUUUUUAGUCGCUCAGGAGAAAAUGUUAGUCGCAUUGGCGAUGGUAUCAGUCGCAAUUUUGAGCCCUGGUAGUGUAUAGUGCAACAUGGACAUAAGAGCUGUCUUUUGCGCGAAUGUUGUUGGUUUUUGUUUCAGAAUAAAGUGAUGUUUCUGCUGAAGAUCAGUAUGCUCAAUUACUGACAAUCCUUCAUUCAGAGGUCACUUGCCAUUACCUAUGAAGGUUCAACGGUAGAUUUACUUAAGUCUAGUGGUCAUGAAGUCCGUCAAACUUUGCUUGUCAUGUUGCAUCAAGCAGUUGCAUACAAAUUAUUAAACUGUCAGUGUAUAAAGCGAUUACGGUAACUUAUAAGAUGUUCCAAGGUGUGAUGUACCACUAUGAUCGCCAUGGCAAGUAGAGUAACAUUUUGGUAGCUAAAACUGCACUGAAAGUUGCCAAUUGGGUCACAACUAGUGUUUGAUCAUAAUGUGGUGUUUUUUCCUGGGUGUUUAUGGUCUUCCUAAAGUUAAAGUGAGAUAAACAUUUGCAUGAAAUGUUGUACUCUUUUUCUUUUUUAAUUCACCUUUUUACCCAUGCUGGCUGGUUAUUAAGCCUCAUGUGGCAUGUGCCUCCAAAUUUGAUGUUUGGUAGUCAUUUUGAUCAUCUCCUCACAUCCUCAUGUGUUUUUUUUCUGGUGACCUUGAUAUAUUAUCUUAGAUCACUAAAAGGCCACUUUGAAAAAAUUUCAACUUGGAGCACUGAAUGAGGAAUUUGACUGGGAAAACUUUGGUGUUUAGUAAGGAAUGGUUCCACUUGAAGGUUAGACGGUAACCGUGAUUUUGGAGUAUCAAGAUUUUUGUUUCUUAAGAUUAUUUACACCAGUCCAGCCACAUAAGUUUGGUUCCCUUGUAAAUGAGUGAACUUAUUGGACAUGCUCAUUUAAUGUGCCUCAUUUCUGCAUGCUAUAUUAGUAACAGUAUUUUAUAUACUUAUCAUGUGUUUAUUUUUUCUUUCUCUUUUGUUUUUCUUUCAGAUUAAUUUGAAGAAGUUCUUAGCUGUUUGUAGUGAACUUGGUCUUAGUGGGUGGCAGCUUUUUGAUCCAAACGAUUUAGAAGUUGGAGGUGAUGUUAUGUGAGUAUUCACAGUAUUAAAUAGGAUUCUCAGUUUUCUCAUGACAUCACCAAAAUGCAAACUAAGAAACUAUUGAUUCUUCUGAGUUUCUACUUUCAUGAAGUAUAUAUACAGCACCUAAAAACCUUUAUUUACACGAAUUCUCGGUUCCGAAGGGUUCUUUGUUUUGCGAUAGAGGAUGCUUGAAUCUCCGGGCUUUUUCAUGAUGCGGCAUUCAGCUGGCGGCUGGGAAAGCUCUUAUGUGGGUUCAAAAUGUCACGGAUUUUUUGAGAUUUUGCUAUCUAAACAGUCCUUGUCUUAGAAUAAAUAUUACUUUAAUCUUUAUGAGUUCCUCAAGCAAUGAAUUCACGGAUAUAAGUAGGAAACCUCAAAAACAGAUGUUUCUGUUGGUUUCCGGCCGUGAUAUUUGUGCCCCUCAAAGGGACACCAACAUGGCGUCUCAUACAAAGUCUUAUAAAUUUGGGUAAACCAUUUUUCCGAAUAUCUCACAUAUGCAAUAUUGCACAGACCUGAUUCUUGGCGAGGCUUUUUGUAUAUUUAUCUUCCUUCAUUUCCCAGAUUCUGGACUUUCUUUAUUGACUGGUUUGCAUUUUUAUUUUUGAUGGCAUGACAGUGAAAACAGAGAAUAGCAUAACAAAUCAAUAUAUGUUAUGAUGUUGACAAAACCUGGAUCAGACCAACCCCUGUUACCCUAAACCCAUCUUUUUGUCAUUUAGGGAAUUACGUACAGGGCUAGAUCGGAUCAAGGUAUUAUUGAUGCCUUAAUCAUUACUCACACAGGGCUGUCAUUGCCACAGUCACCUUCCCAGCUGUUUACUAAUUUUAAUUUAAUGUUAUUUAUCUAUUUAUUAUGCUUUUACUUCUACUUACUGUAAUUUAUUUUGUGUGGCAAAACAAUUAAGAAGUAAAUAAAAAUUUAAAAAAACGCUGGCAAGGACUUGGGGGUUUUCCCUUUUACUAAGAUUUCGCGUUGCUGGAUGUAUGUGUUACAGGUCAAAAUAAUACGCAGGUUGAAAUUUUCCAACCUAGGUUGAUUCUCAGUUUCCUUUGUCUCCUAGCCCUAAUUCACAAAUAAUUAGGGCUAGGAUACAAAGGAACUAGAAAAUCAACCUAGGUUGGAAAAUUUGAACAGGUCAGAAUUUAAUUUUGACCUGUGACCUGGAAAUUGAACAACCAGGAAGUUCUUUCGGUUUUAUUUUACUUAAAUAGUUUUCCUGUGAAAGUUGCAAGGGAUCAGGCUAAUAUUAGCCAGGGGAAUUCCCAUGCCCACAGCACUUGGUGACAGCCCUGCAGUUAUUAAUAAUUUUUAGCCUUGAUCCUUUUUUGUGUUAACCAUUUAACAUGAGUGACCAGCAUCAUACUUAACAUCAAAACUGCUUUAUCAGACAUAAAAAAAGAGUCACUAAGUUGGAUUUGUUUUGAUACAGUGUGUUUUAGUAAAGCAAAUUAUUGUUGUUAGUACCGUCUAACCUUGAUUAUCCGGUCCUCGAUUAUCCGGACUAUUUCGUCUGGUCCCAACAAGUGCGGGUUCAACUGUGCCAUUGAAAAAGUAUGGAAAACAGAUUUUAGAAACUUUGCAGGGUUUUAAGCCAUUUUAAGUAAAUAACUCAGUCAGUGUGUGGAAGUUAGUAAUCCCCAAAAGUCUACUAAUACAUGUAGUCCCACUCAGUAAAAAGUAAUAAUAAAUUUUUAAUAUUUGACACCAUUACCAAAUGAAGAUCAGCCGUACACGGCCAAGAAGUCAAAGUGUCCACAAUGAGGCAUAAACAAACAGGCUUAGCAAACCACAAAUAAUAAUUUUUGUUCAUUACAAGAAAUCCACAGUUGUCUUACUAACAGUCAGUUCCUGCAAACUACAGUUAAGCUAUAUUUAUGAUUUGAAAUGUUCAUUAAUACCCUGUUCCAAGGAUAUGCUUACAAGUAAAGGCAAAAAAUGUCUUUAAAAUAACUGUAUCUGGACUCUUAUGCAGUCGUUGGCUUGUUUGAAGACGUUUACACUUUUAUUUUUUGUGUUUAGCAACUAUAAAUCAGAAGAUGAAGUAAUCCAAAAGGUAAGACCUGAAAUUUAUAUUUUAGAUAGAAUUUUACAAACAAUUUUAGGGGAAAUUUAGGGGAGCCUUACGAACAGAAUUGAUAGUAAGAGUAGUUUUGAGUGAAGCUUGCAAAAUCUGGUAAUAUUUGGGGCUGUUGGUGAGAGAAACAGCCUAUUUAUGUACUUUAUUUGUUAAACAGGUUGUGAGCACAUUGUACUGGCUUGGUUGUACUGUGCAAGGAAUGUCUUACUACAGGGGACCCAGGCUGAAUCUCAGUAACUUUCAAAGAGAAAGUGAUGGCACAAUUACUGUUAAGGUAUGUACUAAUAUGCACAGGAGAUAAUUUUAGAACCUCUUUGCAGGUGACAAGGGGAUCCCGCAAGUAUUCUAAUCUCCAGGUUGUUAUUAUGCAUGCAUCACGUGUAUGUAGCCAGCAUUCGUUUGGACUUCCACUAAGAAUCAUGAAUGGAAUGCACAGUACGUGAUUUGGUCACUCGCAUUUGGACCUUCUAUCACUCGUAAUCUGAUCGCACGUGUUUUGACCAUCUAUCACUUGAUACUUGUGCAAAGCACAGUGUUGGAGCAAAAGCGUUUUUACCUUUAACUGUUGUCGCCUGCACUCCAUAACCUUUGGUUAUUACUAGUAAGUAUCAAUUUAGAGUAAUUCUGACAAGAUAAUGAGACCAGCAGCAGCUACAUUAACUCGUAUAAAUAUAAACAACAUACAGGAAAUAACUCACUUCUUUACACUUCAUGAUUCCAUCCAGUUUACCAGCCAGCAGUCAGGGUGGGAUUUGAACUCAUUCCUCCAGAUUGCAUGUCUGAGCCAAUGGUCAAGGAAGAGGGUGAAUAGGGGUAUGCAAAUCCACCGAUCAAUUAUGAUUUGUUAACCAAAUCUGCCCUUCCAUUUUUGCCCUGAAUACACAAUCCAGUCAAAAAUAUUUGAAUUAGAUGCAAAGUCUGAAAUCUGGGCCCAAAAAAUCGAUGAAUCCGCAAACUGCUGCAAUUGCAGGAUCCGGAAAUCCGUUAAAAUCUCGCUUUGAAUCCGAAAUCCGGGCAAAAAUAUUUUCAAAAUCCGCAGAUCCGUUUGCCUAUUCACCCCCCUUGUCAAUGCCCUAGCAGCUCAGUCUUAUCUGCUUCAGACACUGGUUUACAUAGAAGCAGGAAUUAAAAUACAUUAUAUUAGGUAUUUAUCCAUCUGGCUCUGGUUGUUCAAAAGUUGGAUAGAGCAAUCCACCAGAUAAAUUGCUAUCCAAUGGAUAGGUAUUACGAAAACUAAUAAUAUAUAGAGGAUAUUACACAGUGGCGCGAAGAUAUGAAUUUUAUUUUUGAGUGGCAAAACAAUAUUUUACGAACGAGCACAGCGAGUGAGUAAAAUAUUGUUUUUGCCAUGAGAAAAUAAAAUUCAUAUCUUCAAGCCGCUGUGUAAUGUUCUUUUUAUUAUAUAGACAAAAAGACAUCGACAAAAUAAUGGAGGGAAAUGACCGAAAUUACGUCAUCGAUAAACUCACGUGUGAGAUUAUGGAAAAUAAACCACUCGAGUCCCGGAUGUAGUUUUUAUGAAUUUUACGAGUGGUAUAUUUUCCAGUAAAACACUCGUGUCUUUAUAAUAAAUUGUGUUAUCCACUGGAUGGUGAUUUAUCUGGUGGAUAGCGCUAUCCAACUUUCAGAGGAACUUUCCAAGGCCAGAUUUCCCAGGUUAUAAAUGUGAAAAAAAUAUAGUAAAACAGAUACAAAUGUGUGUAAAUCUGCGAUGAAAGAAUCACAUUUAGUACAUGUACACUUGUAAGAAUCAAAGAAGCUAGGAAGCAGGUUUUUCAAUUAUUUUUUUAAAGCGUUUAUGAACUUUCAUGUACAUGUAGAAAAGGAACGCAUGAUAUGGCAGGUAGUCCUCAUUUUCAAAAAGUUUGGUAUUUAAGUGCCAUGUCCCAGACCUUUGGUUUGAAACUACAGAUUUUAAAAACAGGGCAGAACUCUAAAAAACUUUUAACAACAGCAUAUUAUCCAAAAAUCUGUCAAUUAAAUUGGAUAAAGAUGAAAGAAUAACUGAAAGAUGCCAUAUACAGCAGCUGUGGUUGAUAAUCUUUCCUAAGUAAUUCAUUUGGUCUCAGCUUAAAACUUCAACAAUACAGAUGAAAAGGCACUCUUGAAAACUGCUAUUAAGGGCUAAUCAUUUCAUUAUGAGAUUAAUAUUAAUAAAGUUAGAUUUGAGAUCUACUUUUGGCAAUACUUAUGGAGGAGCAUAAAGCUUAAUUGCCCACUUCUUUAAAUGUCACAUUUUGAGAUGUUCGGUCUAAUAUGCUUCUAUUUAUUGCCAAGAAAACUUUUUAAGAGAAAUUUUAAGUUAGACAGGAUCCAAUCAGAUCAAAUGAACCAGUCAUCCUGGUGCUAGGGUGAAAAGAAAAACAUCAAUUACUGUGCCUUAGUACUGGUGGAUAAAACAGUCAUUUGCAAAUGCUACGUACAUGUACUGAAGUAAUUUUUUGCCAUAUUGGUACUAAAAUUUUUGGCGGUGUUAAAUUUCUUGGAUAGCCACAUUCAAUAUUAGCAAAGGGCCUUUCAUUAUUUCAGUAUCUUCUUUGUUAUUUUGUUAAAUUUUUUUUCAUGAGUUGAAUUGUGUGAUGUAUUUUUUUAAAUUCUUUGGAAUGUUUGAUCAAUAUUUACUCUUGUCAUUCAUUUUAGAGGUCACAGAAGUUAAAAUAACAUUUGUUGCUCUCUUGAUCUUGUUAUACAAUAUGCAAAUUACAAAAUGCCAUGGCUGUCUGCUACAAGUGCUUGUGAUGUUGGAUGCAGUGAUUUUUUUGCUUUAUGCAUUCCUUGCUGUAUAAAGUCGAUUUACUAUGGGAAAGCUUGAAACAUCAAUUCUGAUUUAUCCUACAACUGAUUACAGCACUUAAGUCUCUUGAUUGAAUUCAGACCCAUUGUGGCAAUGAUUUCAGUGAUGCGGAAAGUAGGAAGACACACAAAUUAACCUUUAUUCUACAAAAUACCGCACCAGAUGGAAAAGAUAUCCAGUGUAUCAGUGUGAAUUCUACACUAAUAGCUCCUUGUGAACUCCAAAGCAUGGUAAUGAAAUGUGUGUGUUCUUGUUGAGAUAAUGACUCUCACCUUGUUGUUAAUCAGUUGCUAAGUAUGCUAUACUUAUUCAAUUGAGUCAAGUCCAAAAUAGCAGUUUUCUUUAUAAAUUAUUCCCUAUUUUGAAUUGGUAAAUUGACGUAAAUUUGAUGUUUGAGCAUUCUUAGUAAUAUUGGUUCUUCGUAGUAAUGUUUUAAUUUAGUUCCAUGUAAUUUUUGUGCAUUUUAGGUGACACUGUUAUUAUUCAUGAGGAACUCAUGUGAAUAAUAAUCCAAACAUGGUCUUCAUGCAUGUACUAAUUAUGUAAACUAAAGGGCUAUUUCUCACUAUAAGUCUAACUUGAGAUUUUGGGGCUUUUGUGUUCUGUUGUGUUUGUAAUGGGUCAUAUAUCCAGCAACAAAACUUUGAUCUUUUAGUUAUCUGCAAGUUAUACCAUUACUAAUUUGAUGCACACACUACUAGUGAUCAUUCAACUCUGAAAUCAAUUUAGUUAUGAUGAAAUACCAUUACUGGCUCUUUGCCAUUUUUGUAAAAUAUGCUGUAUUGAUCUUAAAAAUACCGAUCCAUGUUAGUGUAAUUUGUAAUUUUCCCUUAGAGUGUCACAUUUGAAGCCUUCAUUUGUGAAUUUCCUGCUUAUUAGAUUAAUAAUGCAAUUAGUGAAGUCUAUGGAGCACAGCGUCUUCAUGCACUGCCUUCAGGAAUUAACAUUGAUUGAAUUAUGAAGUUCAGUUUAUGUAGAUCAUUUGUAAAUGUUCUUGAUUUUUUUCCCAAAAUGGGACGUGAAAUUCAGUUAGGUUUUUAUCAGAAUGUGAGUCAUUUUAUUUUUAGAUGCCAAACUGAAGCAGACUAUAAAAAUUAAUAAGUUCAUGGUAUUAAGGUUGAAAGCAUCCAUGUUAUUGCUAGAAGAUUUAGUCACGACAGAUUUGUAUUUAGUCUAACCUGUUCCUACAGACUCCUGUAUGUUAUGGGUAGUUUUGUUGGUCCCAGAUAUUCUUACAGUUCCUUAUUUCAUACCUUGAUAAUUUGGACACCUCUGUAGUGUGGACACUUGGCUCUGUGCCUUUGGUGUCCUUAUUGAAGAGGUUUGACUGUAAUACAGACACCUGUAAUGUGGACCAUUGGCUAUAUCGCUUUGGUGUCCUUAUUCAGGACCAUAUAAGCUGUAAUUCACACACCUCUGUAGUGUGGACACUUUGCUCUGUGCCUUUGUUGUCAAUAUUAAGGAGGUCUGGCUGUGAUACAGACACCAUCAUAAUGUGGACAUUUGGCUCUGUCCCUUUGUUGUCAUUUUUAAGGAAGAUUGACUGUAUUCUGUCCUUUCUCAAUUGACAGCCAAAUGCUAGGCGUGGCAAUGAUUACUCCUAUGCCAGAAUGGAUGGACCACACAUUAAUGGAGGCAUUCCACAUGGUGACACUGUGCCAACGCACCUAACAAAUGGCUAUGCCGAGAACAUGAUGACCAAUGUAAGUGUGUUCUACACUUGAUAUUCACUUUUUCUUUUUUGUGCGUGUACCGUAUGUACUUGAAAGAGUGCCAAUAAUCGGUGCAAUACUUAUAAACCCUGGAUUACUAUCUGGCUUAAAGAAAUCCAUGAAAGUAAGAGAGACAUGUAAAUUUUACAAGAAAUGGCUCAUUACACAUUUGCAAUCAACAAUGACAGGAUGCACACUUAUUCAGUUGGAGGGGGGGUAGGCUGGCUUAGAGGAGGGGGGCUGGUCUAUUUUACUUUCAAGCACAGUGCUUAUUCAGGUUUGGCUCUUGUUUGAAGGUGGUGCUCAUCUUAUAUUUGCAACGUAGUAGAAUGAGUCAUAGGCAGGAGGGAUAAUUUUAUUAUUGUUACCCAUGAGAGUGAAGUGCUGAAAAGGAUUGACAGUGAUGGUAACUGAUGGUUUUACAACUUUCGCAGAAUUAAUGAUCAGAAACAAUUUGAUCCGAAACAAACAAUGAAAUUGACUGUUCUUGAAAUUUCAUAUUUGUUUUUGUUUGACAGCUGGUUGCAUUAAUUUUGUAUGUUUAAUGCUUUAGGGGGAUGAGGCUGUGGAAUUUUCUGUCAAUGUGCGGAUACUUGGAGAUGAGAAGCGGUUUGGUUUUUCUGUUAUGGGUGGAACAGAUGAAGGAUUCCCCCCAAGAAUUGAUGAAAUUUCCCCAGGUAUAGCGUUGCAACGUCUCUUUCCAAAAGUUUUAAGGUGGCCGAGGGUCAUCUUGUCAGACUGAGAAUCUGACAGUCUCGGGUUCAAACAUCACUCUGACCACUAGCUCGAAGCUUGAUUUGUUUCUUGGUCUUCAUGAUGACAAAUUCACGGUCAUGCUUGUAAUUAGCAACUAGUUGGGGUUUUUAAUCAUGUUGUGUUCUAUUAUUUGUUUAAUUAGAGACCUUUAGGACCAGUUAUUUAAAUGGAGUUGAGUCGAUGUUUAACAAAACCACAUUCUAAGCCAUUUUCACCUUACCCAGUGCUUUUAUCGUAACACCAUUUGUUGUGAACAGUUUCGUGAUAGCACAUUGCGUAGACUGUAAAAGCAUUUAUCAUCGUGAAAUAACCCAUUAAGGAAGAUAUUUGGAGGUCCAAAGAUGUGCUAAACUGCGGCCCAACUUAGAUGUUGUUCAAAUAACCGGCCCGUAGAUUCUAAGCUGUCGUCAUUCAACCUGCAGCUAAAGAAACUGCUGCCCUCCUCUUUUUUUAGAGUUCCUACAUCCUAACUUGUCUAUGGGUGAAAAUUGAACUGAUUAUCAAAAUCCACUUGGCAGCAUCAAGGCUUGUAUAAUCAGAGUGGCCAUGAAAAUAAAGAACAUGGUCACACAAGAUUAGUGUUAGUUAAGUGACUUCUUUUUAUUAAUAACAUCUUUUUUUGUGGUGUAGAAUCUCCUGCUGCCAAGACUGGCCUUCUAGUUGAUGAUGAGAUUCUAGAAGUGAAUGGAGAAUCAGUAGCUAAUUUGUCUCACACUGAAGUUAUUUUAAGUAUUCACAAGGUAGGUUAUAAUAGAUGUAGGACUUCAUUUUGUUAGGGUGCGUAUUCUUCAAAGAUCACAUCUCCAUGCACAAAUCGCAUGGUAAAUCAGGGCUCGAAAAAAACCAAGUCCGGUAGUCCAAGACAAGCCGAUUUUCUUGCUAGGCUAGUGACUUUUAAAGUUCACUCGCCUAAUGUUUAAGGGUCCAGGAAAGUCAUUCUCUAACAAAAUCAUUAACUAAGACGAAUAAGAAGUGGCCCUGGGCAUUCCAAGAUAGUGUUUUAUUUUCACAAUGUCUUCAUUAUCUGAGAGCCUGGCACAUGCUACGGGCAAGCAAAAUGUCAGAGCUACUUGCCAAAGGAUAAGGUGGAGUGCAAGUAUUUUUUCAAGCCUUAAAAUACGUGGGAUGGGAGAGUUAGUAACUGCCACCUUUGUUUUUAUGUGGUUGCAUUGUUCAGCCAGCAGAUCUUAAGGUUGUGGGUCAGUUAUAUCAUGUUGGUUGUGAUGACGACGUUUUCUUGGUUCAGAUAAUCUUUUCUUUGGCUGGUGCUGUAAAGCUGAUCAAUUUAGGUUUUUAGGAAACUGCCCACCUACCCCUCCCCUAAGAAAAGCCAACAGUUUGCCCUGAAUUAAGUGUCAAUGUUUGCUUAGGGGAGGGGUGUGAGGGCAGUUUCCCUAGAAACAUAAAUUGAUCCCUAUUACACCUGUUUGGUCGGUCUACUUGUAUGAUUCUUCUCAAAGAGCAUGGGACAUAUUGAUCUUGGAAUCUGUGGUUUGGCGUUAUUCAUUUCUACCACUAUACCUCGAAUUUAAAAAAAGUAUGUGUCUGCCUUUGGCUUUUGAUGGCUAGGAUGGAAGUGGUUUUAAUUUCAACUGGAAAUAACUGGGCUAACGUUUUCAAGUUUAAAUCCCAUGUUGUCGAAGAUGUGCAAAAAACCGAUCAGGCUUAAACUUUGUUUUCCCUUUGAUAGAAUGAUUUGAUACCUUUAUUUUAGACUGAGAAUACCUAGUUCUAAUUUCAACUCAACUUUGACCAAAAAAUACUCAACUUUCCAUGACAUCGCCCUUGUAAAGAGCAAGGGAAAGGAGCAAUAAUUAUUGACCCUUUAAGCCCCAAUAUCCACAUUCAAAUUCUGCAAACUGAUCUCCAUACAUUUCUUUUAAGAAUAAGUUGAGAGAAUUUGUUAAAAGAUCAAUGUAUUUUCACCUUGGUGAUCAUUUUAAUGAUAGGCCUUAUCCACGAUACCAGCCAUCUUUGCACGCGUAUAAGGACUGAUGGGUUAAAAGCGGGUGGGGGGAACCAGUGAUAAAAUCUGCCAAUACAAGAAAUUGCGGUGGUGUUUGUUUAUUUUAGACAACAGAAUAUGAAGAACUUAUUAUCUUUAAGACAAUAACAGUGGAAAAGUAUAGGUGGAAGUGAUUGUUGUUAUUUUUUUAAUGCAGUACCGACUGUAGAUGUCCCAACAGCAAGCAAUAAUGACGUGGAACUUGUCGAAACUUGAACUGUACAUUUUGCAAAUUUAAAAUUGCCUUAUCGUUUUGAAAGGAUAAACAAACUCGACCGCGGUUACUCGUAGUAGCAAAUUUUAUCACUUGUUUACCCACUGAAAUACCACGACGUGGCAUUGCUUUUAUCCAAUCAAGCGAUGCUUGUGCAAAAGAUGGCGGGUAUCGUGAACAAGGUCUAUUCUCAUGACCUUUUCUGUUGGUUAUGUAUUGGUAUUGUUGUGAGGAAAAUCGAUGUUGGCCACUCUUGCGACCAAUAGGGUUAAGGUUUGCGUGUGCAUGAUGGACACGCGGCCUUAUUCCUCCUUUUCCUUCCUGUUCGAACUGCUGGGUAGUAGUGCCACGCUUUAACACAUAUCUCAUGAAAAACUCAGUAGCACAUAGAGCAGCCUCUGUUGUGAGGAACUUUCUUACUCCUGAGCUUGCAAAGACAUCCAACGUUGAAAAUUACACUAGAAUGGCCUCUGAAUAUGACAACCUACGUAAUUUAGAUUUUCGGGCUGAAUCUCCACAAACAAUGCCUCACAAUGACAACCAUAUUUUUUUAUAUUAUUAAGACGAUUUUAAAAUACUUUUAUUGCUCAAGUUUUAGUUAGCUUAAAUGCACGACCAUAAAAGCGGCAACGCUUUAAUCACCAUCGUUUUGAAAUAAAAGUUAUUGUAUUACUUAAAGUAUUGUAUCGUACUCCUGCCACGCAGCCCGGGGAGGGGGGGAACUCCGCAUAUGAAAGGGGUGGGGAUGCUCGUCGAAAAUUUUGAAUUAAACCCCUAAAGGACACCGAUCUGGGCGUGGCCCAAGCCUUUUUUGACCCCUAAAAGAGACCAUGUUAAAACACAGACAAUAUAUGUAUUUUUAUAUUUUUUCGCGUGCAACCCUAAACGAGACCUUCACGGCUAAAUUUGAUGGCGUUUUGCCCAGAACACCCUAAGUGAGACCAAAAUCCGAAAUUUACACCCCUAAGCGAGAUAACGAGCAUCCCCACCCCUUUCACAUGCGGAGUCCCCCACCCGGGCCACGCAAGUUACUGUGCUGCACGUUUUAAUACCUUCCAUGCUUUCCAUGUAUACAAUAUGUUAUUUGUUUUAUCUUGCAGUGUCUUAGAAAUAGAGUUAUUGCUCUGAAAGUUCGAAGAGGAAGACGAUAUUUCCAAGGUCAGUGCGCAUUCAUUUUGUAGCUAUUCUUGUUACAUUGUUAUCGUUUUUUAUACUGGUUUAACAAGUUCAGAUUGGUUUCUUAGUGAUUUGUCACUUAGAGAAUUGACAGUAACUGACCAAAGCCAUUAAUGGUGGCACCACACAAGGGCCAUCAAAACGUGAUCAGGCGAGCGUACGUUUUUACAUAAGAAACUGAGCGUUUCUUGUUUUUGUUUUUUGUUUUUUGUUUUUUUCCCGUUUGGUCCGAAAGAAUAGGAUUGUAAUGGCAAAGUGGUUGCAUAAACGGGUUGGUCUAAGGACGGGUUUCCACUGUCUUUUUAUUCAAUGCAACCUACGGCCUUGGAAAUUUCAACCAUCAUUUGAUUUGAAUCGAUUUAAUGUUCAUAUUAUCACAUUUAAAAAAAUGUAAAUCGUAACUGUUUUGCAGGGGUAAACGGAAUAGGCAAUCAUGAUGAUGUAAAUGCCAACCACACAGGAAAGGUGGACAUGAACACGAGAAAUAAAAUUCAAAAAAUCAUGCAAGACCACGAAAGUGAUCCGCAGUUCCAGUGCUACAACUCAGACGCUGAAUCUGAAGGAUCGAACAACGAUCAAGAAUUUUACGGAAACGGCGACGUCGGCGUUGUAUCGCCCGGACCGGGAUGGAGCAAGGACUACGGCAAUAAAAAUUUUGGAAUAUCGGGGAAAAACGUGGCGCAGUCGAACUUGCAAAAACAUAAAUCAUUGUCUACUCCGCUUUUUGACUUAACAAAACUUGAUACCAUAGAGACAGAGGUUGAUGUGGAUGAAAAUGAUGCCUAUGCUCUUAGAAACGAGGCUUAUGAUAGCGACCUUGAUGAAGAUGUACUGCCAGGUGAGAUAGCUCGUUGCGCAAGUGAUCUGCGCGCGCCGUCGUCACUUUCGUCACGUUGUAAGUGGAGGGAUGUAGUUAAUGCCCUAGCUCUUUCCCCGUGUUGUUCCCUUAUGCAAUAAACUUGUUUCCGUCCAUUUCUCAGUGCAGGGGCCGCCUCCAUCUAGGUAGAGAUUCUCGUAAGUUUUUGCGGCAUGAUAAUGUAGACGUGAUACUAAUUGUGGCCUUGUUCGGUUAAUUUAGUUCAUCUUCGCAUCAGAAAAGAGGCCGCUGUUUGUGUGUGUGUGUGUGUUUUUUUUAUUGCAAUGAAUUCUUUUUAAGAGUUCAAAGAUCUGUAAAGACCAUGAAACACGACUAAUCGACUUUGGCCCAGUCCACACGGAUCCAUUUUUGUUUGAAAACGGAGACUUUUUCUCCGUUUUCAAAAAAUUCUCCGUCCACGCGUUGCGUUUUUGAAUCGUUUUCCCCGUCCACACGAAAACGCAAUUUUAACGAUUGAAAACGGUACCAUUUUUGAUGGGAGCAGGUGCAUUUACUACUAUCCAACACCAUGACGAAAUCGUUUUUAAAAACCUCCGUUUUUAUCCUUCCUCACGAGGACAACAAAGGGCGUUUUCAGAAAUGUCCACUUUGGAGAGCGUUUUUGAAAGGAUGGGUUUUCGGUGACCGGUCUUACCGGAUUCGCGUGGACUGAGUCUGUUGAAACUAUGGGAAGUGAAAUCUGUUUCGUGAGGUCUAUUGAGUCAAAUACCUCCGACGCGAAUAAACUCGAUUAAAUAAAGUUGUGAACCAGUAUAUAAAAAAAUGAAGUCCUAGACUUGCUCACAAGUCGAGCUUUUGAGCGCGAAGCGCGAGCGAAAAAAAAAGAAAAAAAAAAGAAAGUCUAUAGACUUGGCGGAUAUUUGAAUUCACAAAUUUGUUUCGUCUGUUUUAGGGGAAGCUGAAAAAGAGUUGUUAUUUCCUUGCAUGAAUGAAGUCAAAUCUAAACUCCAGUCAAGCUCUGACAUGGACGAUAUCGCAUUUGUUGAGAAUCUUUUCGAACAGAAAGACUUUCAGGAUGCUACGAACGUGAGUCAUUAAUAUCUCGCAUUUUUACUGAAAUUACGGUAACUAACAUGUUUCAUAUGGUACUAAAACAUAUUUAUGAGAGUGGAAGAUUAUUUCUCUGUACAUCGUCGCAUUUCAGGUGAAUUGUAAAAUUUCACACGUUUUUCUGAUAUCUGACGAUUUUAUGAAGUAAUUUCACGCAAUGAGGAGACAAACUGCCUGUUUUACAAAAUGACUGGCGAUGAUGAUGAUGACGAUGACCAUGAUAGUUGUUGUGGUUGUUGUUACUUAACCGUUUAAGCCCCAGUAUCCACAUACAAAUUCUCCAAACUGAUCUCCAUACAUUUCCUUUAAGAAUUAGUUGAGAGAAUUUAGUAAAACAUCAAGGCAUUUUCUCUUUCAUGAUCAUUUUUUAUAUUCUUACAACCUUAUCUCUUGAUAAUGUAUGGACAUUGUUAGGAGAAAAUUGCUGUUGGUCACUAUUGAGACUUAAAGGGUUAACUGUAAGAGUCGUCAGUCAAAUUUCAAGCUGACUGUUUUCUUUGCACACUGAUUUUUCAUUUUAGGUUUACACAAAAAUGGUUGAAUUGGAGCGAUCAGGACGGGGCUUGAGUUCAGUCAGCCCUGUGGCUACAAAUUCACAACAUCUUUCUUCUCAGGUUGGAGCUCCAUAAACACUUAAAAAUUUUAAAAAUGGUUAAUGCCAGCAUUUUAUUGUUCUUUUCUUCAUCAAGGGGAUUUUGAACUCUAGUACAGGGACGAUUUUCUCUUUGCUUGUCACGCCAUUCGCGGCUCGCGAUCUUAAAGGGGUUUUGUCACGCUUUUCACAAAAUUGUCUUUGCAUCAAUCGAAUUUCAAAAAUGAUGUCCAUUUUAGUUAUUUAAGACUUAAUUCAGGUAUUGAAGCUUUUUCCUGUCAUCUGUUGCUACGGAUUGCGUGGACGGACAUGAAUAAAACCAAUUUUUUCAAGUUUUAAUGCUAUGCCUACAAAAAUCAGAAAAAAGUUGUUAUGGUUAUUGCUCCCUCGUAAAGUGUGUUUGAUAUCUUCGUCAUUACUCUCCAGGAGCAUUUUGUAUAUGGGUAAAUGCACUAAGUAAUGACUUCAGCACAGAAUUGACCUAAAACAGCAAUAUCCUCUUGACAUAACCCCGUUAAGGCCCGCUUAUACAGGCGAUUUUCUCUGCGAUUUCGUUGCGAUUUUCCAGUCUUUAUGCAGCUGCUCCCGUAAAGUGCGUCUGAUAUUAACACUUAUCUAGCAGUGUAGAAUUGUGGUUAAUGUCACGCGAAAACUGAAUCACCGAUUAGUCAGCUCAGAAUCCCAGCAGGUUCGAAAUGACGGCGAUUUUACAGGGGGCCCUGAAAUCGCCGCUAAAUUACAUUCGCGAUUUGAAAUAACAUCAAAAAUUGCUCGAAAAGUCACCUGUGUAAACAGGCUUCUACUUGCAUAUUAAUGAUGAAGUUGAAGUGCAGUUUAUAACAUAACCUUUUAAUAUUUCAGUUGAGACAUUCUCUUGAGGCUGUGAGGGACUCAAGGGAUGCAGAGGAAUUAUUGGAGAUUUUACAGUCGCCUAACUUUCAGGUACGGUAGUCAUGUUAGUAGUGAACGUGGCAAUUUUGCCUUGGUAAAUAUUUAGAGACCCUUUUGAAAGUACGACGGCGAAGGGAGCGAGAAAGUCUAAGACACGAUAGGUUUGGUCAGCAAAACAACAACUCGUCUCGUUCAUCACGCUUUUUGGUAGAUUUUUUGCUGUUCUGCACGACCACUACUUGAGAUGAUCAAAUUUUACGUUUACUUGAAGAAGGGAUCGACAAGGCGAUUAAUUUUAUUAUGUCUGUCUGAACUCAGAGCUGGUCCCAUCACUGCAGUUUUAACCUGACUUCCCUGGGCCUAGGCGAAACAUCGAACUUUUCAUGAGACGAGCCAAACUUAGCGAGUAAAGUUCAUGAAAAGAUCGACGUAUGAGGCUCAAUAAACAUUGUCAUACAAAUUUUUCAUUUCUAGUAUUAGUUUAGUUCGUCGUAUAUGCAGAUCGACGUUGGUUCCGGAGACGAUCGUCAGACGUUCAGACGGAUAGAACGUGUUGGACGAUCCAAACUCAUUCAGACAAACUUAACUGAGCCAAACAUUCGUCGAACAUUUCAUGAUCUUUACUCAACAAGUUUGCUUCGUCUCAUGAAAGGUUCGACGUUUGGCGUAGAACCUACUUUAAAUAACCUGGCAACUUGGAGAAAUCGAUAAAAAAGUUGGAAAGGACGCGCGCGAACUCUAUUUUUCAGCGGCGAAAUUACUGACGUCGCUGUUGUCGGGACGUAAGGUCCCUAUUUCUUAAGCGCACGUGGUGUUUCCUUGUUUAAUUUAUUUGACCGGGGGAAGACUUGCCUGCGUUGAUUUUUCAGUUGACCAGGAGCGCUUACCAUUUGUAGGGAAAUUCGAUGAAAAAAUUCCAUCAAAUGGUACUGGUAUUUUUUUGGGCACAGAAAACAGAAACAUUGAGUUGUACCAUUUACAAAAUACCGGUAAAUUUUUCGCUUUCUCUCGACUUGAAGGCUGGUACUGGUAAUCCAAACAAAUGGUACAGAAAGUUUCGGCCGUUUCGGUAAUACCUCGAAAGGUAUUACUUUUUUUCCGGAAAAUUUCCACCGGGGUGAACCAUUCCAUUCGAAUUCUCCCCGGAAUUUUCGGGUUUUCCAUGAAAAUGGUAAGCGCUUCAUGGAGGAAGGGAAAAUGAAGGCUGAAGCAGAACCUUUGGGGAUUGAAAUAGUCGUUUAGUUUCCCUAGGUAAACCUACCAAUGAGAUGCUGAGUUUUGGACACUGCACGUGCAGCGCGUGAUUAGGUCCUAAUUUGACCUAAUUUGCAAGCGCUGUGUUCGUGUGAAGGUCUAAGAAAGCUUAUUUCGGAGUGAAACGUCGUAAAAUUCUGACGGUACGUGUCACUUCAGCUAAACUAAAACCCCAAAUCUUCUGGGAAUAAUAAUUGUGGUGACAUAGUGUGAGAGUGUGACAUUGCGACUGGUUCUCUGUUCACCUACUUUCGUUCACACGACCAUUCAUACGUUCUCCUUUCUCCCCCUGUCCACAAUUUUGUUGACAGAGUCUCCUACUAGCGCACGAUAGACUAGCGUUCAGGGAAGCUCUCCCGAGCGAAGAAGACGAACAAGAGAUGGAGUCUGAACCUGAGCAGCAUCAAGAGGCUCAGCAGGCCACGGACGGGUUUUCACUAGUUGAGGACGACAACGUAAAGAUCGUGAGAAUAGAUAAGGCAACUGAUCCACUCGGAGCCACAGUCAAAAAUGAAAAUGGCACCGUGAUGAUUGGAAGAAUUGUUAAGGGUGGAGCAGCGGAUAAGUGCGGUGAGUAGACGUAACAGAUCCGUUAGUGUGUUCGACUUAGGAGAACGCACGCCUAAUCUGCUACUUCCACGAUCCCCAUGGUGCAAUUUGUUUUCAGUUCCUCAAAGGACGAUUAUUAGUCCCGAGGGAAAUUGAAAACAUUACCUUUGUAAAAAAUUCGGGGAAAACAAAUAUUGCUUGUGCGAAUGUGAAAGUCGUAAAAUACAGAUUGGAGUGAGAUUGUAUGGGGCGAAUGUUGUUGAUAAACGGUAUCCAACCUUGUCCUUAGGGAUUUUCUCUUAGAAAAUGGGAGGGAAAAGCCGCUGGAAGGGAACAUGGGACACCUAUCUGGCAUCCCUGCAGUCAUCAUAGCCAACUUGGCCGAAAGAGAGAGAGAGAUCUUGGAUCGAGUCGGCUACACAUAUCAGUUACUCCGAGAAUAUUCAUUCGGAUGCAGAUUAUUCAAUUUCGAUUCCGGAUUCGAAGUCUCUGGACACAGGACCAAAGUGAGCAGUUUUUGUUUCAGUUUCACCGGUGCCAAAAUGUAUCGGAUUUGUUUCGAAUCUAGAAAAACUCCUCUAGUGUAAACUUAGCCCGGAUCUGUUGGUACGUGCUGUUUUUCUGGUCAGCUGCUUAAGUCUUUCUGACACUGUUCUCGAUGUUAAAACAGUGCUCUAUUUGACACUGGCUAAACUCUCGGAUAAUAAUCGGCCUUAUGGAUUUGAGACAGUUGACACAUAGCUAUGAGAUGAUUCACGUCUGAACAUUUCGUUGCAUUCGCGCAAGCGCGCAAAGAUAACACCUAAACGCAGUUUAUCUGUUCACGUAUGUCAAGCAAAUGUUGUGACCGUUCGACCCAGUGCCUUGCUUGGGAAAACCCUGCUGUCAGGUGCAACUACUAAAACGUGAGAAAUAAGAAACUCAGAGAGGGUGACUCAUUUUAGGGAGACCAUAGAAUGAAUUUCAUCAAAACUGCUUCCCUAAUCAGCUGUUUAAUUAUUUUCUCAUCAUGGUUUCUUAGGUCUCCUGCAAGAAGGUGACGAAAUUCUCGAAAUAAACGGAGUGAACAUGAGGGGCAAGACGGUAGCGGAGGUCUGUGAGCUGCUUGCAGACAUGAAUGGAACACUGACUUUCGUUUUGAACCCAGCAAAUCGGUCGCGAGUUCCGUCGGACAGAGAGGUUCAUGUGCGCGCGCAUUUCGACUAUCACCCAUACGAGGAUGACUUGAUACCGUGCAGAGAACUGGGGCUAGCAUUCAGACGAGGCGAUAUUCUUCAUGUUGUCAAUCAGGAGGAUCCCAACUGGUGGCAGGUUAGUGACGUCAUUUGUUGUAAAAGAUGCGAGGGAAUGUGUUGCCUUUGUGCGUCUUUCAGUGCACAGGCCCUCAACAAGAGUGCUUGACAUGUACAGUUAGGGGAGAGAACCGGAAUUUGAACUCUUUAUGACCCUCGUUGUUGUCUGGGCCUGCCUUAUACGUUCGAAGUUAUCAAGCUGUUCAGUAUAAUACUGAAAGAAAAUCAAUUCCAAAAAAAUAAAGAAAAAAUUAUGGCCUGGAAUAAGAAGUUUUCUUUUCACGAAAAGAAUUGGAUUUCUGCAAGUAACAAUACAGUAACUCGAACUCUAUACUAAAGGGAAACGAAAAACAAUUCGAGUUAACGGGUUCGAUUGCAAAACGCAAUUUGCCGUCUUAAAAAUUGAUAGGUACUGAUUUUUCAGCACUUCAGUGUAUAGUGGAGUGCAAAUUUAACCUAUUUCAUCAGAAUGGUAACAUGAUUAAGCUUUUCUUCUUCUAUGAUAAAACGUCAACUGUUUGUUGCACCAACUUAAAUCAAUUGAUGAAGUGUUGACCACUGUUAGUUUUAGUUUUACCGAUUGUACAAAAAGAAGAAGUAAUGGGAUGGCAUCCGAAUGGAAUUACAAGAACCAGAAUUUGAGUUAUCGGGGUAAAUUUCAGUGAAUUUUCAAACAAGGGAAAUGAAAUUUAGUUCGAGUUGGCGGGGAAUUCGAGUUAUCCGAGUUCGAGUUAACCGAGUAAAAAUAACUGAAAAGUGGGGUGAAAUCCAUGCAGGGGAAAUUGGACUUAGUUCGAGUUAGCGGGGAGUUCGAGUUAUCCGAAUUCGAGUUAUCGGGGUUCUACUGUAGUUGUGAACAUCAAAGACAGGUUAAAAUUAUGCUGUUGAGGUCUUAGUGAUGUUAUCUAGCAAAUUUUUCGGUUUCAUUGCUGAUGAAAGUUAUUUCAUGUGACGCCCUUGUUUUUGGUUUAAUUAACCUGAACAGAGACUGAUACUUUAUUGUUUCGUUUUUGUUCAGGCAUGGAGAGCGGGGGAAGAAGGCAAAACAUUGGCUGGACUUAUUCCUUCCAAGCACUUCCAACAGCAGUGAGUUCGUUACUUAUUUUGAAUCAUGUUCGACACUGAUGUUCUAGAGUGUUUUUUGUCCCCGCGUCGUUUUUGCUUUCUGGUCAAUAACUGGGUUAUCUGAUGAAAGGAUCUUUCUUUCCCCUUUACAACCAAGUGAGAGUAAACUUUGUGAGAUAACACUUGCAUGAAAUAUUGAGAUAGUUUUGUGUUUGCAGAAAAGAGUCAAUGAAGAAAACAACCCAAGAAGCGGAACAACCGAAUAGAGAAAGUAAGAACAGCUUAUAUUCUUUUGUUUGUUGUUUGCCGGCGCUGACCAAUCAAAACUCGAAGCGGAUGUGUGUAGCGCAGUGCAAGCGCCAAGCGCGGGAAACGAGCAUAGCAUAGUCUCGAUUGGGUUUUGGUUUUCCUUUUGCUUGGUUGAGUAAAGUGGCGCGAGAUUUUUUGGCCAACCGCAAAGCGGUUUAAACAAAACCAAGCCAUUUUCGAAAGGCCGACGUCAUCGGUGAGGACCGCAACGCUAAGAAACUGCCGCUCGCACAAUUUUUCAUGUUCCUGUAUCGCAAAAUGUCUUUUUCAUCGAGUGUCCUUUAACGUGUUUUUCAAAUGUUUUUCUUUCUCCUUAUUGUUGUAAUCUUUUUUUUCUUGCAGAGAGAGGAUGCCUUUGUUUCAGGCGAAAACGAAGAAGAAAGGUUCUUUACAACGCUCAGCGUAACGAAGGUUUGAGUUUACACUCGUUGUAUUAAUUGUGCGAUACGUUAACUAAACAACGGGUUUUGGUUUUGUAGAGGUGUACUGGUGACGUAGCUUCCACACUUGCAUUUUUUUAUGAUUGAACUCUUUUUUUUUUUGAACAAAAAACUUUUCAUUUACAGAGAAAGUACCCUCCCUUUCCGUUACGAUCACAGUGAAACAAGUUUUUAACAGUUUUUUUUCGGGUCAAUCAAUUAAUCACGAUGACGUUUAAGGCCUGGUAGCUUGAGGAGCGUUUUCAUCGGGAAAAAAAUUGCCAGUUCCAGGCUCUCAGUUAGUCACACGAGACGAGCGAAAAAAAGCGGGUCGAGGCCCUUGAAUAGGCUACAUAGAAAUAGCCCGUGUUCAGACCCCCACCCCCUCCCCUUCUCCGUUUUUUUCCCCUUGACCCUUAUGUAUGGUUUGGCAGCUGAAAUCUAAGGAUAGAGGGUUUUGAAGUUUGUUUUUUGCGUUAGCAGUACAGGGCUUAGUCUUAACAAAGUUUUACUGCUUGAAAAUUUUCACCACUCUUGGUCUUUUGACUUGCUUUAUUGUAUGCUAUGGAAAGGAGGAAUUCAGAAGUCGCGUAAGACUCGGGCCUCGUUGUGCGGCGGGUGGCUAGAGGCCUUAAGAUCCGACAACGGCCACGGCAACGAGAAGGUCAAAAACGCAGUACUACGACAUGAAAUGGCCUGAUUUCAUACUUCAUGAAGGACGUUAACUAGCAACUACGAAAUGUUCUUUCCCUUUCUGAACUUGGACAAAGCUCUUAGGAAUUCAACUCCAGGAGAGUUCGCAUACAUUUGGUAAAGUAAGCGAGUUGGAAUAAAGAUUAACAAAACGCUAAUUCACUUUUUUAAGCGACGCUUUCCCUGCCGUCGUCGUCCUCGCUUCUUAAGGUCCCUUAUAGUUACUCGUCUCUUAAGGCAAAGUUUUAUGUUUGUUAAUUACUAUGCUUUUUUCGUAGAAUAUGUGGCCGACGAAGUUUUAACAUACGAAGAAGUAGCGCUCUUACAGCCCGACCCGCAAAGAAAGCGUCCUGUGGUUCUUAUAGGUAUGUUAGCACAAACGGCAAGUCUAAACCGCUCACCAUUCUGCCCGCCGUCGCUGGUUCAUUUCUCCUGCUACGACGCUGUAACAGGCUGCUUAUUUCCGAUAAUUCAUCGAACGUUUUUUACUCCUUUACUUGAUUUUCUCUCUGACAAGAAGAUAGUACAAUUCUGUGGUCAAAAUCUACUAAACUGUACCUUUUAACAUCGUGCAUUUUAUGGCAAAAUGCCCAAGAUCUUAGUAAUUUUGAGGUUUUGAACUUGCAAAGGAACUUACGUAAUUACUCUUUUCUAAGUUACAUAAAACCGUUUCACGUUUGCUUAGAACUCGACUUAGCGUGGUAGGGAAAUGAUAAAACAACAAGCGAGAUCUGAUUUAAUAAUUCGAAAUCCGCGUUGAGGUCGCGUUCUGACCGUUGGUUUGAUAUGCUUCAACGCCUAAACCACGGUUGUAAAUAGCUAACUGGUUUGCUUAAAUUUAUAUUUUCGCUGUUAAGGUUUACCUGAGACAGUUGUUUAAUUAUGAUUUGUUCACUUUCAGGACCUGACAAAGUUGGUAGGAAAGAGUUAAGACAAAGGCUGAUUUUAUAUUCACAAGAACGAUUCGCGGGAGUGGUUCCUCGUAAGUAUCGUUUGAUAACCUUCAGUUUAGUCAAUACAUGUCUAUAUGCUGUUAGUUGAUCAUAGAUCGAUUGAUCAAUCGAUUCACCCCAUUGUUUUACUCGCGGUUUUUUACCCUGGUAGUUAGUCAGGUAGUUAGGCAGUCAGAUAAACGUUCAGACAGACUUAAAGCAAAGCACUCUGAUUGAGGUGAGAAAAGACUCGUCAAUCCCUCUUUUCUUCAUCCCAAUGCUCCCACUUUUUGCGCGAAAAUUUCAGGCCAGAAUCGGCCUUGUCAGGUCGUCCAAUGCUGAUGUUCCUUAUUAAUGAUCCUGAUUCUUUAUAAGUGUCGAUUGGUAGCCUUCAGUUUAGUGAGUAGAGCUGUGAGUCAGUCGAUCCAUUGCUCUAUUGUUUUACACUCGGUUUUUUUAGCCAGGUAGUUAGUCAUCCUCCAGGCAGUCUGUCAGUCAGGCAGUUAGGCAGUCAGAUAAACGUACAGACAGACAAAGAUUGUUUGCCAACCAGAUAAUGAGUCGUUCAUUCGCUCAAUACGUCAUAGGUGAGAGAAGUCUUCUAAAUCUUUUGUCUUCAUCCCACUAUUCCAACUUUGCCUGAAAACUGCGUCGCAGAACGAAUUACCAGAAGUGCGUUUCGAAUUUCCCUCUAACCUAAUCAGCCAAUCGAACAAUGGCUUUUUUUAGCAGGCCAAUCGUAGCGCGUACUCAAAUUUUGGUACACAGCCGGGAGCCCAGAAAAAAUAUUUCUGCGCCGGCUUUCUAUUCUGCUCGCAGGCUCUUUGCUGACUGGCUGGUUAGCUCGCAGGCAGACUAAAUCAGAGGUUUAAAUUCGUCUAUGGCACCCGCUACACGCUAUCUGAUAAGUGUUCAGUGCGAAAUUUUGUUUCCUUCCACAAGAAAUGAUACAGAGUAGUUCCAUGAUCAUUUCAGCUCUUUCCGCAAUUGUUGUCCUGUGUUUAUAUAACCUUUUCUACUUUUUUAUGUAGAUUAUGUUAUUCGUUUUGUAACUGGUAUAUUUGCUUAGCGCUACUUUUUAUCCGAAGGUUUAUAUACAACAGAGUCAACUUCAGCCUCUCAUUUAGCUUAGGGGCCAGUAUACUAAGCGCACAAAGUUUCAAAACGUUCUCUGUUUCUUUUUUAGAUACCAGCCGGCCAAAAAGGCCCGAAGAAGUGCAUGAAAGAGAUUACUACUUUGUACCGCUUCCCAGUUUUGAGGCAGAUAUUGUUUCGCACAAAUUUGUAGAGUACGGAGAGUUCGAGGGACAUUAUUACGGAACCGCUCUGGACUCCAUAAGGAGAGUAGCCAAUUCUGGAAAAUAUUGUAUUUUAAAUCUACAUUGCGAGGUAUGCCACAUCAUUCUUGGUGCUGAAAUAGCAAAAAUUUUGCAUGAUUCCAGCCCUGAGCAACAGUCGUUCCUCUCUAGAGAGCUUCAAGGUGCGAAAAAAAUGGGGCUCGAGAAAACGCGGGGAGCGAGAAAUAGUAAGGAAGGACAAAGCUGUGGAGCAUGGGGAGCGAGAAAGUAUGUGGCGCGAGAAAGCGUGACGCGCGAGACAUCCAUGCUUUCUCAUGUCCCGUGCUUUCUCGCGCGUUACGGAUAUUUUUCAUCGACUGGGUGGAAGGUAUUUUUUUUCUUGUAAGCUUACACGAAGGCCAUACGUUUUUUCCUUCUCCAGUUUUGCACAUCCGUGCUCCUGGUGGCUUUUGAGUACCUGUUUUGACUCCUUUUUUCUGUUUUAAUUAAUCCUAUGCCUUUUCAAUCAGUCAUUUCCUCCCGGCAUCCCGUGACCUUGAAUUGGCCCUUUAUUGCUCUUCUAGACCCUGUAACUCACAGCUGCUUACUCUUCUUAGGCGCUCAAGGUAUUGAAAGCCUCUGAUGUUAAACCUUACGUGGUUUUUAUAUCGCCGGCAUCUUAUGACAGAAUCCUCACACUCCGAAGAGGGAAAGUCGAUCCUUUCAAUCCCAAACCGACCGGUCAAUUGACGGUAUGUUGUGCUGAUUGUUUUGUUCAUGUUUUCAUGUUUUUAAUUGUCCAAUUCAUAGUGAUCUCUCGUAAUUUGGUGAUAUUACACGCGCGUUGAUUGACUGCCUGUCUGUUAUUAAUAACAUGACAAGCACUUUCAUUGACUGUGUACUGCUGCCGUUUGUAGAUCUUCAGGAGAGUUUGAUCCUUUUUUGCGAUUUUGUGUGUUAGUUGUUACAACAAGCGCUCUGAUUGGCGGCGUAUCCGUCCUUAACCAUAUAACAGGCGUUUUGAUUGGCUACGCAUGUGCUUUGCUUCAACGUUUGUAAACUGGUUUGUGCUGUAUUGUAAUCUCGAAAGAUAAAUAGCGUAAGAAUAUAAUUUUGUGAUUUUCAGGAUGCAGAGCUGCGUGAUAUGGUAGACAAAGGACGAGAAAUGGAAGAAACGUACGGACACUACUUCGAGAAGACGAUCGUGAACACUGAUCUGGAAAGAACGUUUGAUGAACUUAGGCAAGUCAUUGAUAAACUUGAUGUCGAGGCUCAAUGGGUUCCAGCCUCCUGGGUAAACGAAAGCCGAGGCGGUUUGUAGUGAAACAAAGAAGUGGACACGAACGGCACGUCACCUCUGGUGAACGUUCGUCACACGAACAAUCUGUACAAAGGCGUCAGUGGGAAGUCUUUUUGGACAUCAAGAACUUAUGUCAGUAGAAAAAGAUGGAAGAAAUUCAGGACAAGUAAGAUUUUGCUAUCCAUUUAAAUGAAAGAAUCUUAAGUUAUGUACAAAACCAUUUUCAGUUACUAUACGAUUACCAGCGCGGUUAUUAACGAUGUGAACGUUUUAAGAGCUUAAUUGCUUAUAUUUUGGACGAGCUAAUUAUCGUUUUUAAAAGAUAUCUAACGAUCUUGUAAUAUAAUCAUAACAUGGUCAGUAAUGUAUGUAAAUUUCGAAUCGUUUUCUGCGUGAAAAGCAGAAAGUCUUGCCAAAACUUGUGAUGGAUGUCGAUUUUGUUCAAAGUUGCUAGAGGUACGAACACCUUUUUCGAUGGCUUAACAGGUAGUAAUACUAAUAUUUUACUAAAUAUUUCUUAGUAUUAGCUGUUAAACCAUCGAAUACGGAUUUAUUAUUAGACUAACAUUUCUUUGAUUUAAGCACUUUCAGUUGAAAAGCUAAGGUGUAAUUCGUUUCCUUCGCAUUGCCCAUAAUACACUUGGUUUGCUCCUCCCCCCACCCCCCCUUAAAUUUUGCCUAACCAUGUUUUCCAUUUCACCUGGGUAUCACAGUCCAAUGGCGGAUCCAGACCUUCAGAUAAGGGGGGGGGGGGGGGGGGGCGGUCAUCCAGACCCUGAGAUAGGGGGUCCUGGUCUCAAAAAUUUUUUUCCCGCCCUUUGGGCCUCAGUUUGGUCUAAAAAUAAGGGGGGACCCCGGCCCCCCGGGCCUCUCCCCUGGAGCCGCCACUGCAGUCGCCCCAAGCUGGAGCUGAUUAUCUUGCUUCUGCCCUGGAGCCAAGAAAAAUGUCAUUCAUCAUGCAGAAUUGACUAUUUUACAGUUGUACUGUUAUUACUGACCGUAGCUUUUAAUGAAUCUGAGGCUGCACGUGCUGUUACAGUCAAACUAGGUCAAGCGUACCCCCCAAGAAUCCAUUAAUGAAUUUAUUAUUCAAAAGUUGAAUCCGUUGCUAGUUGUAGAUUUCAGAUUGAUCUCUGCAUUCUUGAAUGUGUAAUGAGCCGUGAAUUCACACGCGAGGCAGUUAUGAAAUUUCUACCAGCUCCAUUUUCCUGAAAUUGAUGUAAAUGUCUGCUACGAAGCUUAAUCCAUUCAAAGAUUUCCAAUCUGACCAAAUACAGAGAAGUUCUCGUAAAAUAUUCACUGCUCAUUACGCAUGCAGAAAUGCCGCUUUGAAUUUGACACCAGUUAUGGGAACGACGAACGGAUUCAUUUUUCAAAUAAUCAAUUCACUGAUAGAAUCUUGGGGGGUACGCUUGACUUGGUUUGACUGUAAAGCGUGAUUUCCACAAGCAAAGCCAGUGGUUUGUAUAAAAUAAAAGUCACACUCAACCUCGCUAUCACUUACAGGUUAGGCUACUAAGCUGGUCUAUUUUCUGCAAUAUAUUGCAUGCAUAAUGUCACAGACAGUAUCGUUAUAGGCUGUUGCGAGGCAAGAUAAAUUUGAUCUUUCUUGGAUCUUAGGGUAAAUUGGCUUAUUCUUAAUUCAUUCAUUUGAGAAAUAUAUCCGUAUUUCGUAAAUUAAGAUUUAUUCAAACGAAGUAGAAGAUUUGUUAUAAAUAGAGCAACUGACCUAAUGAAAGAUUCGUUUUGCCAAAGAAAGUUUAGUCUGGCCUUAAUGCGAAAUAUUUUUGGGUUUUCCUAGUGAAAUUUCUGUAAUACAGCGCUCAUGUUUUUCACAUUGUAACCUUGAAUUGGUCUGGUUACUAGAUAUUUUACUACUGGUUAUUGCUAAUAAAUUACCUUAAUGUUUCCUUUAUGUACAUAAAACGUACCAUUUAUCUAAUCAAAGACACCAUAAACGCUUUAUAAGUUGAAGAAAAGGCACUUGACGUUAGCGAGCUCUGGAGAACGUAUAGAACCACUAAGAUACAGGGGAAAGCUUGACUCAUAUUUCAGCGGUUUCACAGAAGUGAUUAGGUUAUAGAGCGAAGAAGUCAUCAGUUACAACACGUUGCCAUGGUAGCUAAAUUUCUGGACCUCAACAAACUGUGGUCCUGCAAAUAUGGCUGAAAAAAAAAAACUUAACUUAACUAUACUCCUGUGUACUCAAGAACAAAACGGCAGCCCAUACUUUUCUUCCAUCGUUCCACAAUGCAACUAACCGUCUCUGUCAGGAAAGAUUGUUGAGGUCCAGAAGUUUUGCUACCAUGGUAACGUGACGUCACACUUCGCAUGAUUAUCUGUAAUAAUGCCACUAAUCUUUAUAAACUUAAAGACUGUUUACAGUCUCCCAUUCUUCGCGGAAAAAGGUGUGUGCCGUUACGUGAAGGUGAUGUUACACGAGACGAUUAGCAACGACGAUUUUUAUCGCAACACAGCGUUGCAAUGUUGGAACAAUCCUGUAACCACUCGAAACAAUGUGGCAACAAUGUUGUGAUGCUGUGCUGGGCUACAAAUCGUCGUUAAGAAUUGUCUCGUGUAACAUCGCCUUCAGCCAUGUUGGUUUAAAAUGUACUAUGGUGUAAUCUGGGGGUGUAAGAUGUGGCGAAAGGGGUGGAACGAGGUUCCCCGACACCCACCCCGUCGGUACUACAUUUGAAACUAAGAUGGCCGCAACUUUAAGUAGCAUUUCGACUCCAACAAUUUUAACAAGAAAUGGGGGGAGGGGAGGGUAAGCAGUGUAAAAACUAAAGUUUCUCCGGCCAGCCAUCCAGAAACCGCUCUAUUUAUCUUAAACAAGAACUAUGUUCGCCAUGAUAGUUUUUUUAACGUCCAAAAGUCUUUUGUAUCAUUCAAAGAUUAGUUAUGCAAAUAUUACAUUUAUGUCUUGUAGGUUUUGUAAAAGAUUGUAGUUAUAAUGAACAAAGUGAAGUCUAUGUUUUUGAAACAGAGUUUUGUGCUAGUAAACGGCAUCACUAUUGCGCCAAGAAAACUAUUGACUAGAAAAUACAAAGAAAACAAUUAACAGAAAAAACUGGUAAAGAAUUUGUGCGAAAACAGAGGCACAAUUUACCAAAACUCAAUAAGGAUUUUCGCAAGUAAUCUUCCCAUAUUGUAAAUUUUUAAAGAAGCUGUUAAUAAUUUCGAAGCAAAUAUUUUUAUAUACUUCAUGAGCCCUAACUAUUUAAUUCUUUCAUCAUGUUCGUAGGGUAAUUAUUUAGGACAAGUAACAACAGUCAAUAAUCUCUCAGACUGACACCUUCAGGAUCAGCACUAAUUUUGGGCUUAGGGAACUGUCCGUCUUCUAGAAAGUCGGAAAAUGGCUGAAAAACACGACAGGGGCAAUUCUCGUACCCAGGUCCCAUCUUUUCUUUUGAUCACGUGGUCUUUGGAACGGCGGCUCUUGUGGGAACGAGAAUGGACAGAGGCCAACUCUGGGUUUCCGUAUUAUGAAGGUGUCCGUUUAAUAGGGUGACCACUAUGAGAGAGGUGGUUGUAAUGUAAUAAUAUGAUCGACAAUCUAAGGAAAUAGAUGUCCUCACUCGGUUCCUACCGCGUUUUGUCUUCCGGAGCUGCCACAGCUAGUCAUGGACGCGGAAAAACACAACAUGAAGUGAAAUGAGCCCCGGUAAAUUGCGAAAUACCCCACCUUCGCUAUAUUAGAACUCUAACAUAACUCCGAGGCUUUAUGGACAAAACUGCAAAUUUUGCACCACUCCAUUGUCUGACAAAUCCCAGAAGAGACUUGUGCACAAAGAAAACCAAACCAAAUAUAGAAAUAUGACAAGAAAGCCUCGGAGCCAUGUUAGAAUUGUAAGAUAUCGAACGUGGGCUAUUAGAAACGCCGGUCAACUGUAGGUGGCUAUCUGUUUUCAUAGGUUAUGUGUGCGAAAGCUCAAGCCCUUGCGUUCAUAGAAGGUGAAGCCUGGGGUGUAGCUUAAACAGGGACGUCACCAAACAACUACCAUGCGUAGCAGGC